UUUUCGCGUCUGGCCGGCCGACCAACUCCGAUUUCAGAGAAACAGAGAGGCGAACCGACUCCCGCCCGACCAGCCAAUCAGCGCGUGGCAUUGUAUUUACCUCCUCGCUCGACCAAUAACACGGCCCAUAGCAACCACGUCACGGCUCCCAGCCGCUCCCUCCGUCAGUCUCCUCGUGUUUCGCAGCUGAUCAGCAGCUUCGUGUACUUUUGUGGAUUUUUCGCCUGCUAUUGUGCAUCACGAUGUCUUCUUCGGACAGUGAAAGUGAUAAUGCUGUCCCAGGACCUUCUCGUAAGAAGGCUAAGUGUGUGGAGGCAUGGAAAUCUGUGCAAAGGAAGAAAAAGCGUGACUCUGGUGAAUCUUACACCUCCACUAGUGGUGUCGCCAUGCCGGCCAGGAAGGUGGGAGCUGCCUGUGCUUGCCCGGAAAAAUGCUUCGACCUCGUGGGCAGAGAAAACAUUGAUUUGAUAUUCAAUGAUUACUGGGCAAUGGGUAGUCAUGACCGCCAAAGUGAAUAUUUAGCUAAUCAUGUGACCAGCCAGGACGUGAAAAGGAGCAAGGUGAAGGACAGACCAAGCAGGACACUUCGUAGGCUUUGCUACACUGUGAAGAAGGGCAAUAAAGAACUAGAAGUAUGCCGCACGGCAUUCAUUAGCAUUCAUGGUGUGUCAGAGAAAAGGGUGAGAAAUGCUAUGGACAAGAUGGGGCCUUCUGGAAUGGUUGAGAAGGACAAAAGGGGUAAACACGUGCCGGGAGUUAAGAUUCCUGCCAACAAAGAAAAGCUAGCACGUGAGCACAUUCUCAGCCUACGUACUGUGUCCAGCCACUACACACGUGCAAAAAGCCCCAAUCGUCGCUACUUGCCCCCUGGUUUGAAUAGAAAAAUAAUGUAUGACAUGUAUAAGGACUGGUUGGUGAAAGAAAAUAAAGGAAUAGAAAACUUAGUGAAAGAGUGGAAAUACGUACAAUUAGUGAAUGAGUAUAACAUUGGAUUUGAGCCUCCCCAAAGUGAUUCGUGCAACUUUUGUGAUGAAAUAGAUUUAAAAGUGCAAGCAUUACAUACUGAAAAUGAUGUGGAUGAAAUCCAAAGGUUGAAAAUUGCUAAAACUGUGCACACACGUAAGGCAAGUGCGGCGCAAAAACUAUUGAAACAGUUUGGACAAGAGGCUGAUAAACCUCAUCAAGCAGUCAUCUGUAUGGACCUACAACAAACCAUGCAGCAGAGUGACUGCUCAAGCAACAAAAUGGAGAAUAGAGAUGGCAAAGGGGAGUUGAAGGUAAAGGAUGAACCAGAGGAAGAAUGUGCAAUUGCACUUGGCAAGGGGAGAGAGAUGGAAUUCCUUGAACUUGGCAACAAAGCGAUGGAGGAUAGUCAUCACUCACUCCAGGGCUGGCUAAAUAGUAGUGACCAGGAUGAAUUUGAGGUGAAGGAUGAACCAGUGGAAGAGGAUUAUGUUUGUGCCUUUGAUUCUAAUGGCAUAAAGAUUAAUGAGGAAGAGAUAUCCAGCUCACCCCAAAACACCAGUGCUUUCCUCAUACAACUGCAGCAUUCUAUACGAGAAGGAAACUAUACACCUGAUCAGGUUUUCGUUUUGAGCAAGACCGGCCUCUUUUGGAAACGUCUCCCUGGCCAGACAUUUAUUAGUAAGAAAGAGGAGUUUUCUUCAGGCUUUAAGGCCAGAAAUGACCGAUUCUCCCUUUUGCUAUGUGCAAAUGCUUCAGGGGACUCGAGACUAAAACCUUUCCUGGUCUAUUACACUUCUAAGCUAAAGGAUCUGAAGGUAACAUCAUUCCAGAUGUUACCUGUACACUGGAGGUACAACAGAAGAGCUUCUUUGACAACCAUUAUGUUUGAAGACUGGUUUGCCAACUGUGCCAUCCCAGAAAUUUUAGCUUACUGUAAGCAGAAAAACAUUGAGGAAAAAGCCCUAAUACUAGUUGAUAGUGUUAUUGGUCAAUCUGACAUGAUCAAUGAAAUUCAUCCAUAUGUAAAGGUUAUAUUCAUGCCGAGUGACAUAUCUCCUUCCAUACAGCCUCCAGAUCAGUUUGCCAUUACUCAGUUUCUACAGCUCUACACGAAGACACUCCUACAAAAUAUGCUCAUUUUUACAGAAGGUGGGGAUGAAAGUCAUGUCGAGGACUUUUUGAAAUCUUAUAGCAUCAAGGAGGCACUCUUUACCAUCAGAGACAGCUGGACAGCCAUUAAGAUUCCAUUUCUCAACAAAUUCUGGAGCUAUGUUUGGCCUGGUAAGACUCAAAAUUUCACUGUACACCCUAAUGCAUCAGGGGAAAUUCAAGAGAUUAGGGAUCUUGCAAACAGAAUUCCAGGUCAAGGUUUUACAGACCUCACUGAGGACGACAUUCACAGGCACCUAAAAUCACUUCAGGAAGAGUUAUCAACAGAGGAGUCGGCACAGAUGACCAAAGCAACUGAAGGAGAUGAUGACAACCAGCAGGACACUCCAACAUGUUCUAUGCCACCAACAUCAGAGUUGGAGAGCAUUGUGAAGUUGCUCUACAAAACCGAAAGAAAAAUAAUAGAGACUGAAUGGAACCCAAAGAGACUAGAACAAAGUUUGCCUCAUCUCAGUAGUAUAAAGGCUAUGUAUAUGGAUAUAUUAAAGACAAGGAAGAAGAGGUAAUCUCAUUUUUACAGUUAGAAAAUUGUAUUUAUUAUAACAGAUAUUCCUUUUAAACAAGUUUAAAUAUGGACGUAUUGUAUAAUGAAUGUAUUAUACUUUUUUCAUACAAAUCUUUUUUGCAGGGCUACUUAUUUUGUAUAUGAAGAUAAAGACAUUUAUAUUUAUUUUAAA